CGGACGCUCUGGACGUCUGGUUGACACGAAGAGGAUUGAAAACUUCGCGAAAUCGCAGGCCAAAUGGCGACGCCCCCGCUCGGGAGCGUGGACUCACUUGGCAGUAGUCCACUUCUUGGGGGUUCCUUUCCCGGGGGAAGCAACGGGAGCCGGGCUGGGCAAACUGUGGAGAAUUCAGUAAGCAAGUCAUGGUCUGCCGACCUGGGACAGCAUCGGCAAUGCUCAAAAGAUGCGCUGGAAUAUAUGGAGGCCUUCCUGCAGCAGCUGGCCAAGGCUCGAGAGCCCUCCCAAGAGGACGGCGUGGCGCGGCAGGCCACAAUUGAGCGCCUGCGGUCGCUGCUGCCCAGCAUCUUCCCAGCGCCUUCGAAUCUGCACCUGGUGCCGUACGGGUCCUUCCUGAGCUCCUGCUACAGCCACGGCUCGGAUCUGGAUCUGGCGCUGGCGGGCGGCGUGGCGGAGGCGCACCUGGCGCCGGGCCCGGCGGUGGAGCUGCCGCCGGGGGCGUGGGGCGGCGAGGUGCUGCCGCUGGAGUCCCUGUCUGAGGAGCAGUUCGCGGCUCUGCUGCGGCGGCUGGCGGACGAGCUGGAGGUGCGCGGCGUCACUGCGGGGCCCGUCACCCGCAUCCUGGAGGCGCGUGUGCCCAUCAUCAAGUUCGUGGAGUCGUCCUCCGGCAUCGAGUGCGACAUCUGCGUCACCACGCGCGGCUGCGACUUCAAGGGCGCCGUCAUGCGGCUGCUGCACGGCCUGCAGCCCGGGCUGGCGCCGCUGGUGCGCCUGGUGAAGCUGUGGGCCAAGGCGCACGACAUCAACUCUGCGCACUGCGGCACCCUCAACAGCUGGAGCCUGGCGCUCAUGGCGCUGUUCAGCAUGCAGGCCUACCCCGAGGGCGCGCUGCUGCCGCCGCUGUGGCGCCUGUUCCACGACUCCGAGCCGCCGCUGUCGGCCGCGGGCACGGGCCGGCCGCUGCAGGACAAGGGCGUGCAGCCGGAGGCGAUGCUGGCGGUGGCGAGGGCCAAGUGCACGGGCAAGGGCGCGGCGGCGCUGCUGCACCCGCGCUGGUCCGAGCCCUCCUCCGCCUCCUCCGCCUCCUCCUCCGCCUCCUCCUCGCCUUGUCAGCCGGGCCUGGUGGACCAGCUGCUGUGGUUCUUCAGCGCCUUCGCCGCCAUCACCGGCCAGUGGCGAGACAACGCGGCGCACAGGAACUGGCGUGUGAGCCCCUGGCUGGGCCGCGGCUACACCGCCCGCUUCCCGCGCGCCUACGUGGCGGCGGUAGAGGAGCCGUUCGACUGCCACGACAACACCGCGCGCAGCGUGGGGAUACGGGACCGCAACGAGAACACGCUGCCCUACAUCGCCUGGGUGUUCGGCCACUCGGUGCACCUGCUGAGAGGCGUCGCCACCACCGCGGACGCGGCGCGGGCGCUGACGUGGCUGUUCGGCGCGGACGCCCUGCCGUACGUGGGGCUGGCCAAACUGCAGCUGCCCGCCAACGCGGCAAUCCCGCCGGAGUGCCAGCAGCGCCUGGAGAAGCUGGCGGCGGCGCGCCGGAGCGGUAGCGGCGCCGCCACCAACGGCACCGACCCGAACGGCACCGGUGGCGGCGAGUUUGAAGCCGACGCGCGCGCGUUCCGGGCGCUAAUUGACGCGACGCGGUGCGGCUCACCCAUCAUGACUCUGGAAGAGUGGCGCCACCACCACCACUUCAACCGCGCCCGGCCGCCGCACGGCUGGCACCGCCUCACCGCGCCGCCGCCGCAGCUGCGCCCACCGCAGCCGCCGCCGCCGCCCCCCCAGCAGCAGGCGCCGCAGGGGCCGCCAGGGCCGUUCAACCGGGCGCCGCCGCCGCACCCGCACCAGCCGCCGCCGCCGCCCCAGCGCAACGGCCCGACGCACAUGCUCCAGCAGUUCGGCUUCCCGCAGCAGCAGGGGCCGCCGCAGGUGCCGCCGGGGCCACCGGGCCUCGGCGCCUACCGGUCUCAGCCGUUCGGGCACCACGGCGGGCCACCGCCGCCGCCGCCAGGCGCGCUGCCGGGUGGCGGCUACCUCGGCGGCGGCCCAGGCGGCCUGGGUGGCCCUGGCGGCGGCCCGGGGGGCUACAGCGGCCUGAACGGGAUGGACACACGGCAGCUGCUGGCGCUGCUGCAGCCCAGCACGGACGGCAAGGAGUCGGCACGAGAGGCGGCAGCGGCAGCAGCAGCAGGCGGUGGCGGCGGCGGCGCGGCAGGCGCGAUGAACUCGCUUUUCAAUGGCGGCCUGCAAGGGCUGGGCGGCGGCAGCGGCCCGGGCCCCGGUGUGGCCGCGCCGGGCGGAAAUGCGGCGGGGCAGGCGCUGCUGGCGGCGCUGCGCGCCGCACCGGCGCGGGACCUGGCAAACGAGCGCGCGGAGACGGCGCGGCAGGCGGCGGCCGCGGCCAUGGCGCGUGUCGGGCUCCUGCCUAGCGGCGGCAGUGGAGGCGGCCAGCACACACACCAGCAGCAGGCACUCGCGCCCGAGCCGCCGUCGAGCUACGGCUUCAACCUGUUCGCUGGGAUGCAGCAUCAGCCGCCACCGCAGCCGCAGCAACAGCAGCAGCAACAGCAGCAGCAACAGCAGCAGCAACCCUUCCUGUUUGCAAACGGCUUCCCCCAGCAGCAGCAGCAACAGCAGCAACAGCCCCAGGCGCCGCCUUUCAGCUCCAUCGCUGGCGCGGGCGGAGCGGGGCUGGGGCCCGCUGGCGCUGGCAGCCACAGCCACGUGGGCGACAUCGGCGGCGGCGGCGGUGGCGGCGGCGGCAUGUUGAGCAUGUUCCAUGAAGACGACGUGGACCGCCCCGCCACCGCCGGCGACCUGCUCAACCUGCUGCGGCACCUGGGCCUCAGUGAGGACGGCGUGUCCAAAGCCCCGCCGGGCCCCAUCGCCUCGGAGGCCCCCCGGGAGCAGCGGCUGGGCGGGUUCGGGCCUCCGGGCUUCAACAACGCGCAGCAGCAGCAGCAGCAGCAGCACGGCCAAGGGCAGGGCCACGGGCAGCAGGGCCAGUUUCUAGGCGGCGGCCAACAGCAGCAGCACCACCAGCAGCACCACCAGCAGCAGCAGGGCUUGUUGGGGCCGCUGCUGCAGAGCGCCAACGGCAGCGGCGGUAGUGGACUGCAUGGCGGCGGUCUGCAGGGGUUGCAGGGGUCGCAGGGUGCCGCCUUCGCGCACUCGGGCUUCGCCACCGCGGCCUCAGCUCCGCCGGGCAUCGCGGGUCUGCCGCAGGGCGGUCUGGGGCUGGGGUACGGGCUAGGGGGUGGUGAUCGCGGUGUAGGUGGCGGGGGCGGCAGCGGGGCCUUGCCGGGUGCCAUUUCGGAGACAUGGGGCUCUGCGGCGCCGGGGCCGGGCGGCGGCAGCUCGUCACUGUCACCCAUGUCGUCAGACCCGACAGCAGGCGCCGUGCCGCGCCAGCCGCCGCCGGGCUUCAACGGCUUCGGUGCGGGGGGUGGUUUGGGCGGUUGGCCGCAGCAGCAACAACACCAGCAGCGGCCACCGGGCGGACUGCCGGGCUUUACGGGCUGGUAAGAGAGCGAAUGUGUUAACAGUUUACAGGGAUUGUGAUGAGACGGCAAGGGUGCAAGACAAUGGUGCAAUAUGACAGUGGCGGGCGACGGGCAAAUUGUAGUGGUUGCGUGCGGGCGGGCACAGGCGGUGGAGGGCACAGGCCUUGCGUCUCGGCUCAGUAGGACGAGGUUAAGAAGUAACAUCCUAACAGUGUACGCGACUACUAGCCGAGCCCACACAUGUGUGCGGUGCACUGGAGGGAAGAACUUCACACGCCGGAGCGACUUGCGCUGGAGGCACGUGUUUAAAAGGUUCUGGAGCUUUGGAAGCUUUACAUGCGCAGCAGUGACGCGGCACCGCAUGUGGGCUAAUGGGGUGGGGUACAAAUAAGAGGAUGAAACGCGGCGAGCAACCGGAGUAGAGGCUGGCGGGGACGGAGUGCCGGGUGCUAGUCGGUCGUGGUGGGUGAUGAGUGCAAAGCAUCCACAUGGCUGACAUCGGAGGGCGGGGGCGCAGGCGAUGUGUGUUUGGCACGCGUGCACACGCUGCCGUGCGCUGGGGCAGGAUUGAUGAUGCAGCAGGAGACGCAACUUGACAAGGAGAAGAGAAAUUCCAUAGAUGUAUAGCGAGCUUGUUUACAACUUGAGGUUUCGGGCCAUCUUGCCAUGCCUGGUAUGACGGCAGGGGUUGUGUUUCGUUCGGGUGAGGCUGCGAGACACAAGGAGAGUAGCAUGCGAGGGAGGACAUACGCCGUGCAAGGGAAACAGGAGUGGGCGAUACCGAUCUGCAAAGGCAAGCUGGCCUUCGUGCAGCGUUCCGGUUAUCGCACGUGCUAGGCGUAGACCAGAGACACAUUGCUCUGUGGGAACGCGGCGAUGGCGAGAGAGCCUCGAAUGUCGGUCGGACGGCCAUAGUGCACUGACAAGGACGCUCAAGGGGCAUGGAGGCCCAAUCUGCCGCGGGAGACGACGUGCACGGCGGCUUCUAGCCCACAACUAAGACGGGAGCGGGCGCGAGCAUGGCUGCUUGCUGGCUGCUCGAGACCCCACCCAUCCCCAUUUGACAAAUGGCGGACGGACUGAGUCGGUGGCGAGUCGUGGCUGAGUCGCUGAGGCUGGGUCGGUGGCUGAGUCGGUGGGUGAGUGUGCGAUGGGACAGUGUUAAGGCAGGUUGGUGAAUUCCCGCAGGGUGCAGCUGAUUCCCAGGCCCCAGCAGGCGGCACAGGGGAUGGCUAAGAAUUGCAACGGCAGGGCAGGAGUGCGCGGCUGGUUGAACGCCGGAGUUACUCGGUCGGUGUCGGUGGCUGAGUUGGGGAUGGAGUUGUAACCCGGGGAGGCUGUAAAGGCUGCACGACCCGCAGCGGAAAUUGGUGAACGGAUGUCGCUUUGCUCGGGGGUCAACUUGUCAUCAAUUGGCCACCAUACCCGCCCAGCAGUAUACGGUAGUGAGUGUACCGUAUCUGUGUAAGCCUGACUCACCUGCUCUUUUAACAGGACCUCAUGGUCCAGGAUCCAGGGAACUGAGGUCUGAGCCGCCCUUUGUUACAGUGCCCCCACGGUAUUGGGGCAUUCGUGGCUCUCCCACCCGACGCUCUCGCCAACGCCGCGUCCCCACACCGCCACACGCCGAAGCAAUGUGUUUCACAUCCGCCAAAAUACCCGAUUCAAGCAUCCGGCCACAGACUCUCCUCUUCUCUAGACCGCUUUAAGCUGACAUCCAGUACUACGUCACAUCUCCUGGGCAAUAGACCCCAAAACUAAUAUUCAAAGAGCGUUGGCGUGCGGGGGGGGGGGGGGGGUGCAAGGAUGUUUGGAAAAGCGGUACGGGGGGCGCACAGGCGGUGGAGGACAGGAUGGGAUUUCACCACAGAAGCACAGCGAGGCCCUGAAGGAAAUUAUGGUAUGUUUGCCAAGAUGUUUGCUACGUGUAGUUGGUUAGGCGCAUUGAGAUUC